CAAAAAGCUAACUUGAGUUAACCCCUCCCGUUCUUGAUUAAAAAACAAUAAAGAUGGCUAGAAGAAGAGCUGGUUUAGGAGCUAUAAAGAAAGACAAGUUUGUUAAGGAUAAAUACGCUGCAAAGAGCUCUGAAAUAGCGGACCUACAGUUCACCCAUGUCACCUCUCAGUUGGACACGUUUCGUAAACACCUCGAGCAGUUUGCGUCUAAGCACAAGCAGGACAUCCGCAAGAAUGGAGAGUUCAGAGGUCACUUCCAGCAGAUGUGCGCUCGAAUAGGUGUGGACCCCCUGGCUUCUAGUAAAGGAUUCUGGGCUCAGGCACUCGGAGUGGGGGACUUCUAUUAUGAGCUCGGAGUACAAGUUGUAGAAAUCUGCCUAGCAACCAGAGACAGAAAUGGAGGGUUAAUAAGUUUUGACGAGUUGAGACGGCGUGUCCUAGCAACCAGUGGCAAGACUCGACAAGAUGUGACAGAAGAUGACUUGGCGAGAGCUAUAAAAAAAUUACGCAUAUUGGGUGGAGGGUUUGCAGUGAUUCCGGUGGGUAAACAUCGGCUGGUGCAGUCAGUGCCAGGAGAGUUAAACAUGGACCACACCGCAGUGCUGGCAAAAGCUGAGGAUACAUCGUACACCAGUGUGGGUGAACUGGUCAAGGAACUGGGUUGGACUGAGAUGAGGGCACACAGCAUUCUGGACCACUUGGUACGUGAGAGCAUGGCGUGGGUGGAUGAUCAGAGUGGCGAGGAGAGACUGUACUGGUUUCCAGGACUAUUCUCAAAUUAAUUACCACGCCUACUUAGCCACCCUUUUAUAGACGGGGGGAAAUAUUGUCUCUUUUUGUUUACAGUGCUUGUUUGCACCUAUGGAUUGUACUGUGCUAUUUAAAAAAAAUUGUAUUAUAA